AUGGCCUUGGAUCCAGAGCUUGCCUCAAACUCCUGGCGUGGAGUCUUUCAAACCCCUCCUCUAUCAAACAAUAACAUUAACAUUAACAAUAACAAUAACAACUCAGAUACUCCACGUUCAUCCAUUCAUCAAAUUCAUCCAAACAAUAAUCAAAAAAAUUCAAUCCCAAUAAACAAUCAUAACUCUCUUCAUCCAAGGCAUGCUCAUCAUCCAUCAACUUCAUCAAUAGACUCUUCUCCAUCUGCAACUUGCUCCUCCUCCUCCUCAUCGUCUUGCGAGUCGCCUCCCAUCGACUGUGUCGAUCCAGCCCUUUACCUUCUUACAAGAAACCUCGAGGACCUGAACAUCUCACCAUCACUCGCGUCUCCCCAAAAGCUCUCAAGCCAAACAACGUCUUCUACACCCUCUAAAACUGCUAUUCACAAGACUAUCCCUCCAUCAAAGUCUCCAGGACUCGCUAUAGCAAACUCUCAAGGUGUUGUUCUACAAUCCUCUCGAACACAACACCCCUACGCGUCCGCGUCAGUCCCUAAAUCUCCCGUUUUUAAUGACUCUUUCGACCCAGCAACUGCAGCAUCCUUUUCCCAGUUCUUUGACCCGUACGGUGACUCUACAAAUCUCCACCAGCAUCAUCACCACCGUCUUUCACUCCAACAGCUUUCGCCAUCUCCAGCUACCCCGAAAUCUUCGGCGCGAACAGUCGUUGCCAUGGCCGCAAUGAACGGUACCCCCUUAGCGCGUACUUCUCGCGCGUCUUCUCCAGGUGCAAAACGUUUCCCCAACUUUUCGCGACCCGUCUCGAGUCCAAUAAUUCCUUCAAUAUUUUCUCCUGAAACUGAUGCGCCUAGGGGUCCUGCAUUAUUAACUACCCCAGACAUUUCAGAAUCUCCAAAGCUCUCGUCACUGGACCAGUACGCGUACAACACGCUCCACAUGCGAAUUAAAAAGAGCCCACUGACUCCGGGACCUCUUUCAGCAGCCGCAACUGUCGCAGCAGCAGCAGCAGCAGCUGCAGCAGGGGACAACAAAAGCAGUGGCAAAGAUUCUGGGCAGAUCCGCAACUUUGAGCUGUUUUACGACGUCGAGGACGACAAGAACUACUGCGAUGACAUUAAUGAGGACAUACAAAACUUGGACCCGCUACCGGGAUUCAAACUCCAACCGGCCCCGCCACCGCGCAAAAAGUCUCCACCCUCGGUGCUUCCUAAAAACAAACAACCGACUUGCAUAAUACCUCCUCCAACUACUACGGCCACUGGAAUAAAAUCUACGAGACAGGGUAGGAUCCUACCGCCGCCGCCACCUCAAUCCCCGCGUCGAGGACUUAAAAAAUCUGCCCAUAGUGACUUUGUGAUUUUCGAAGACGCUGCUGCUCAGCCACCCAAACAAGCUUCACCUCCAUACUCGUCACCACUCUCGGCCGCACCUACCACCCCACCCCAACAAGUACAUCAACCAGCAAAACCUCUCAAACCCACGUCAGUGACUGUGUCCGCAACCCCUCUUCAAGCUCAACAAGCUCUCCACCAACAUCAACACCAACAUCAACAUCAACAUCAACAUCAACACCAACACCAUCUCCAUCUCCACCCUCACCAUCAUCAUCACCAGCACUCGCGCCAAAACCAAACAGCUCUUUUGUUGACCCCCUCAAGGUUCCAGGAUGCUCCUCUUGCGCUCCCGAAACAGCGCAAAAGCCCAUCUCCGUCGCCAACAGGUACCGGUAACAAGGAAAACGCAGGUAUUUCGGGGAUCUUUCCAAGUGCAAGUAGCCCCACCCCAGGUGCAAGCUCGACUGGCACUUCGCACGGCGGUCCUUUGUCUCCAGGCAUACACUCAGGUACCACCAGUCUUCCACGCUCUCCGCUUCUGCCAGCCCCACCAGUCGUCCACUCACUACCAGCGCUGCCAGCACUUCCUGGCCUGCCUCAACCGUCGUCGCCAGCCCUCAAGACUACAAUUAACAACAUCCACAACAGUGGUGGUGCCAGCGGAGGAUUGUCGCCGUCGGCUGCACUUUCAAUGCGGCUGGGCCGCUCGGUUGGUGCACUGGAAGUCAACCGAUCCGAGCUUGAUGAACAAACAGCAGCGGCCUCUAUUGUGUUAGGACCCAGGCCACGACGAUUAACACGAUCUGUGGCGCGGUCAUAUGCUAACGCUCCAUUGUCUCCUGUAUCAUUACGAGCUGCUGCGGCCGCUUCAGGGAAUGGAGUAUCGAAGCGUAGCGCCGUGGUUGUUUUUGAUGACUUUAAUGAUGAGUUUGAUGACAAUGGAGAAGAUUUCGGGUAUCUCGAGAAGGACAAUAGAUUUUUAUUGCGGGGAUGCGGGCCCGGUGGGUUGUUGUUGCGCGAGGCUUCGGAGCAGACGGCUUUCCCACAGCAAAAUACCAAGAAUGAAAACAAUAACAAUUGGGUUGCUGAGGAAACACAAGAAGUGGCAGCAGCGGGGUCCGACCAAAAAACAUUGUCGGAAACCCGCCAAUCUGCUUCUUCAACCACUUCAACAACAACAACAAAAACAACAGCCACUUCACCAUCAUCAUCAUUAUCAUCAUCAACAAGCUCAAAUUCAAGUUCAACAUCUGUUUCCAGCACGAUAACUGAAAAUACGACGUCUACCACCUCUUCGAAGAACAAGUCCAGGAGUUCUUCUAUAGAUACACCAGUGAUACUACUCUCAACGUCAUCAUCUUCUAAUACCUCUUGCACUACCACCACAGUUCCCACCACCAAAAAACGAGCCAAACGGGCUGCAGGCAGCCGUGUAUCGGGCUCUAGCGCAUUGGCUGGCUCCAGCCCGCUUUCCAUUUCUGGUACUGGAUCUGGAGGCUCUUCUUCAGCCCCAUUUGUUCUUCGGCGUUCGCAACGGAUUCGAGAACGCGAGCGCGAGCCUAGACCUCCUUCUCCCGGCCGGCGGUGUGUUCCACGACACACGGAGUUGGCACCGCUCAAGUCUGUACUUAAGAAAAGCCACAGCGAGUAUCCACAGAUUGUGGUGAAUAGUAGUGUGACUGGAAGCCCUUCUUCGCUAGUUACGGCAUCGACAACAUCUGGAGGCAGGGGAAGGAAGCAGGGCCUGAGGCCUGUAGCAUCGCGGUACCGGAAGCGAGUAGCAACGGUAUCUGUAGGAAGUGGAGGGAGUAAUAGAAUAGGAGGAGGAAGUUUUGUGUCAUCGAUUCAUGAAGUUAAGAAUAACGGGAAAGAUGAACAUGCUGAUCUGCGGCUGAAACGGAAACGAGAAGUUUCACCCCAAUAUAUACAGCGGCAGCAGCAAAAACAAGAAGAACAAGAAAUUAAGGCGGCUUUUAAAGAAGAGGAGUUGAAGAAAAAGGGUGUUAAAGAAGAGGAUGAAGAGGAAGAGGAAUAUGAAGAGGAAUAUGAAAAAGGGAAGGAAGAGAAGCAGGCAGAUGAUGACAAUGAUGAAGAAGACCGGAAACAAUUGUUACCAGCUGUGAUUAUUACAGGACUUGAAGAAGAAGAGCAAAAGUCUAGGAAUGAAUCACAGGGUGAACCAAAGGAAGGAAAUGAAGAAGAGGGGAUGCGGAGUAGUCCUCAUUUGGGGUUCUAUAAUGUGGAAGAUUUGAAAAGGUUUGAAGAGGAAAAUAAAAAGAAGAGUAAGAACAAGAAUAAGGAAGAAGAAGAAGAGGAUGGCUGGGAAGAAGCAGAAGCAGAAGCAGAAGAAGUUGAAGUUGAAGUUGAAGUUGAAGAAGAAAAUGGAAAUGGAAAUGAAAAUAAAAAUGAGAAAGAAUUAUUAAAACCACAAAGGGAAAGUGCAAUUGAAGAAGUUGAAAUUGCAAAGUCUCGGGUUUCACCAGUGCAACAGAUACGAUCUGAAGGCCGUUCUCCACAUAAACGUGUUGAAUGGGCUGCGCAGUUAGAGUGGUGA